AUUCAGAUUCAGGAAGUAAAUGUUCACUAUAGUCGCCAGUACCAUUGUUGUCCAUGGGCAACAACAUGUGUAUUUUUAUGUUUUUUGAUAAUUGUUUGACCCCUUUUUAAUACUAUAUGUUUUGCGUUCAAUUUAAGAUCAUACUUUAUGAAGAAAUGGAAAAUUCUAAAGAGUAAACGUUAGUAGGAAUAUAAAAGAUAAUACGGGUUCACCCCUCGUCUUGGAAAAUGAACUCACCCUGCUCGAUGGUGCUCGUGAGAGUUGCUGCUGCGCAGAGAAACAGCUACGACAUGUUGCUGAGCAACGACAAAUGUACAAAAGGAAGAAAAAGACUAACAAAACUGGUGCAGCAUGAGCCACCUGUGCGGCAUGUCUUCAUCGGACAAAGAAAAGAUUUUAAAUGUUUUCAACAAUCAACUGAAAUCAGCAGAUAAAAACCCUCGCUCAGUGAACAGAUUCACUGCAGACUGCAACUGUUCAAAUCAUAGUAAAACAGAUGAGCAGAACAAAAUGAAAAGACGUAGGAGCCGCAAGGACAGGAGUCAGAUGAGAGGUGGUGGGAAAGAAGUCCUAGCGUACAAAUCACAUCAUCAUCAAUGCCGCCGCCAAAUCAGUAGCGACAUGGCGGCACAUUUCGAGAACGGCUGUCAUAGUAGCUGUCACUGUCCUUCAAGGAGAGCGGCAUCUUUUCCAACCACCACUCCUGCUGCACAGGAGCCCAGCAUAAUAACGGACAGUCGCCUGAUAGGACACCAAGGCCUGUUCAACCAUGAGGUGAAGUCUAUCGACAUUGAACGCUUGUUAAGUGAGCAGAGGAAACUGAAACUGAAAAGUGGACAGCAAGUACAUGAAAACAAAAAUGCUACUUCACAUACCUUUUCAACAUCCCAAAUCCCUUCUCCAUCCUCCAUUAAUGAUUUAUUGGUUGCUGAUAAUGAUGAAAGUCUGCCAUUGGAAAAACAAACAGGCCAUGAUGAUUGCGAGAAGAAAGAUAAUCAAAUCAGUCAGGGAUCAGAAAUAACAGCCGGGCAGAGAGCGCAGCCACAACUUGAGCUUUCUUUGGAAAGUGUUCAAAGCAUCUCAUUGAAAAACAGCUCCAGCGAUGUUGUGAUAGUCAAGAGCAAUAAGAUGAACCCUGACGUGUCUGCUGAGGGCAAAGAGUCUCAGCUGACUCUCACUGUUAUGAACACAUUAAACAGGAAGGUAAAAGGACACAUGAUUUCUGCUCUGGACCACACCCCAAUGAACAGGGACUCUCCUGUCCAUCACACACAGGCUCAUGGUGUCAGCCCGAGCCCCCUUCAGCUGUCCAGCUCCCCCAUUGCUGACAUCUCUGACAUACAGCCCAGAAGACCAGAUCCUGACUGUGUGUCUCAGUCUGUCGGUGCCGUGGCAGCACGUUUGACUGACUCUCUGCGGUUCCCACUGCUGAGGAGGAGAAACCUGGUGGCAGAGAGCAGAGAGGUCCUGCUGAGAGCUCUACGGGACAACCACGGAUCGCAGCUUCAGGGAAACCUCCAUGAGGUGCAGCGAUGCCUCAGCUUUGGUGCUGAUCCCUCAAAGAAAGUCCAACCUCAGGAGUCGACCAUGAUGGAAGAGCUUCUACCUCCAGAUGUGUUCAAAGCAGCGUUUCAAGCCGAAACUGCUAAUCAGACAUGUUUUGACGCCCAGAAAACCACACCUUUCAGAACGACUGGAAGUAGACAUUUUAGCUGGAAAUCCAGGCCACAACCAAACCGAAACAUGGAACAGUUCUGCAUGGACUUUGAGCCCUCUGGAGGUACAGCCAGCAGUCAUUUGUUCUCUCCACCCUCAUGCUGGGGACAAAAGGCCUCACAGUCUGAGCCGUGGGAAGACAGCUUCAACAGAAACAGGAGCAAUAAAGAUUUUACUUUUGAUUCCUUUGAAAACACCUCCAAAGACAACACCAGAGCAGAGAGGAGCAGCACCAUCCAGCCUUUCUUCCCUUAUCAAACUCAGCUGCCAGAUCGACGUCCUGCUGAGCUAAUGCAUUUCCCAGACCCAUUUGAAUCUGACAGAUAUUCAUUUGCUCCCUCCUUCCCCACCCAAACUCACCAUCCUCAAGAGAGUUUCCAUCCCUACAGCCAAUUCAGUCAUCCUUCUACUGGCCCUCCCCUCAGGUCCUACCACCACACUGACAUGAAACAUUACCCUCCAUCUCACAUGAUAGACAAAGACCCAGCAGCCCCCCUCUCUUCUUUCCCGAGCCCUGAGCAGUGGACCUUCCCUCCAAUGAGACUGUACUAAUAUAGAGUGAAGCUCUGCAUAAAGACAAGCCUGUGAACAUUUCUUUGACAAACUUAAAAUGCUCUCAAUUCAAACCAUCAAGAUUUUUUGUUGAGAGCGAAAAAUAUGUUGCGUGUGCUCGUAUUAUUUUUAAUUAAAGACACAGUAUUAAAUGUAAUAGCAGUAGCUGACAUCACAAGAGUUAUCUCUUCUAUUCUUUUGACCCAUUUAUGCUGAGAUAAACAAACGCACAAUAAUGUAUUGUUUGCAUUUUAGGAACAUUUUUUAAUGUGCAGAGCUGUGUACAUAUCAUCUUUAACACUGGUGUUAUAACGGGAAAUUCUUAUAGAAGAAGCUUUGCCAGAUGUGCUAUUGUGAAAGCAUUUUCAUAUAUUGUGUGUGGGCUACAUUUAAAUGCAAUAAAACACAUUAUCACAAUUGUGUAAUGCAACGAAUUGAGCACAUCAAUUAAAUGACACCUCUGAUUAAUGCUUGUAUGGAUUAAAAGUUCACAGUACAAUGGAUCAUA